GGCCGCCGGGGGGCGGGGGAUGCCGGGCUGCCGCAUUAGCGCCUGCGGCCCAGGGGCCCAGGAAGGGACGGCAGAACCGGGGUCCCCCCCGCCGCCGCCCCGGGAGCCCCUGGCGUGCCCUGAACCCCCGCCCCCAACUCCGACCUUGACCCCGACCCCGCCGCCCGGACGGGCCCUCGCCGGCGAUGGCGCCGCCUACGCGGAUGGACGGAGCGGCCGACGGCGGGAGGAGACGGCCGGGGGGCCAGGGGCCCAGAGAAGGAGGCUGAGCUCCUCCUAACUCUUCAGAGCCUCCACUGUAUGGAUCUGGACUCCUGGAUUCUGCUCCUUCCCUGGACUCCUUCAGGAAGACUCCGAGAAUUGGCCCUAUGUGGCCUCAGCUCCCCCUUUGUGGAAGCACUCACCUCACAGUGGCAAGGGGCUGGCUUCUGGGGAACACUAUGAAUUUUUAUGCCACAUUUGACGUUGCUUACACCGUACGGCUGGAGAUGUUACCACAAGGCCGAGAAACAGUCAGAUUAUUUGAGAGGGAAGGAAACAUUUCCAUCGUGACAAUGAAAAGGGUCUCGUUUAGAGAGAGUCAUCAUUCUUAAGUCAGUCUCGGCACAGCUGGAGCCCACAUUUUGGUAGAUGUCAUUGCUUCCUAGUCUAAUGGUGCCAGGAGGCCUGUUUGAGGGAACACAUUAAGAAACAGUUUCCUCACCUCCUGUCCUUGUUCUCCCCACGAGGGGUGUGCCUGUGGCCUCCCCACAGACAAUCAUCUGCUGCCUCCUGCGAGGGGGCACGUCUCUUCUCAGGAAGAGGUGGUGGCAACAUAAAACUUCCAAGCAAAGUUUGAAGUGCAAAAAGGAAACACAUUUAUUCAAGUAUCCUGAUAAAGAGGGAAGGGGACGCACUUACACACACACGUAACCCAACACUUGUAGACUUGUGCAGAGCAAAUGUAUACUGACCCUGUGCCCUGACAUACAUUCAGGAAGAAUAAAUUUCAAUCAUGUAAGACGGAA